CUUCUCUUUGAGAUCUUCCUCUUCUUCUCUCUCUCUUUCGAUUGUGUAUAUGGUUUUUUUUUUCAAAAAAUAAAUAAAAAUAAAUAAUAAACCGAAGCUGUAUUAAAUAGAACAACACCGUUGAUUUGUAUUAUUAUAUCCAUAAGCUGAAACAAAAACCAGAAAAGAAAAAAAAAACCUUAAUUGUUUCGUGUUUUGGUCUCCGUUGGCAAAAAAGUUUUGAAAUUUUGAUCUCCGCUGAUUAUUAUACUUCGAGAGCUAAUUUUGCGUUAUCAGUUCCCCCACAAGAUUUCGUUUUUUUUUUGUUCCUACUUACCUCUUGCGUGUGCAAUUGGUGCACUUGGCAAUUUCUCUUCUCUUUGGCAGGUGAUUUGGUUUUGCGAUUCUUUUUUUUUUAGGGUUUGAUUGGAUCACGCCCCCCUGAUGAUUUAGACCCUAAUUGAGGUCUGUGUGAUUUGAAUUGGAAAUAAGUGUGUUGAUUUGCGUAAUUGGGUUAUCAUUCACAUUCAAUCGGAAAGAGGCCAACUUGUUGGUGGCUUCCCACACAAGUUCGUUAGCCGAUUAAAAAGGUUAACCACAAAUCUUUGAGGUUCCAAGUUGGAAAAAUUGCUAUAUUAAUUUAGGAUCUUUCAAGUUGAAGGUGUCAAAGUUUGGAGCUUCAAAGUGUUCUUUAUUGAUAUGGUGGACUGGAUCAUAGAUUCUGAUCUGGUCAGGUUUUGGGAUAAAGGAGCCCGAAAGUAACAAAGAAGUGGUUUUAAAGUAUACCACUUUUAACGGUUUUGACGGAUAAGUGCCAUGUCUCGUUGCUUCCCAUUUCCACCUCCAGGAUAUGACAAGAAGUUUACAACCGAUGAAUCAGACUCUUUAUUAAAGGAAAAGCUCAAGGAGAAGAAGCACAAGAAGGAGAAGAAAGAUAAAGAAGAGAAGGAAGGAAAAGAGAAAAAGGAUAAAGAAAAAAGCAAAGACAAACAUAAGGAACGGAAGGAGAAAAAAGAGAAACACAAAGAUAGGAAAGACAAGGAUAGAGAUAAGGAAAAAAGCAGAACUUUGGAAGACAGAAAAGCUACGGGUGUUUUGCUGAACAAUGGAGACAAAGAAAAACUUGUACCAAAUACCUUGCAGAGUAAUGGUAAUGGAGAUUCUAAGUUUAUUCAGGACCUGGCAAGAAGGAUCAGAGAUGAAGAAGCUACAGAAAGUCAAAGUCUACGAAAGAUUGAUAUUCCUUCUGGAGUUACAGAGAGCAACAAUUUCUACUCAGUGCCUCAAACCAACCAUACGAAAGUUGAUGAAAAGAGAAUCAGUACCCAUAAGAACUCUGCUAUGGCAAAAAGGUCUGAAAGUCCGGUUCUCCGAGUAUCAUCUUGCAUGGAUCAGAAAGGAGCUGAAGUUAUAUUUAAAUCAGUGGUGAAAAAAGAUCAGGCGAAGAGAAAAGAACUACUAGAGAAGAAUCACCGCAGGGAAAGUGUGACAAAGAGUGAUAAGCCAUUAAUCAACGGAGAGAUAAAGAAAAGUGAACCAAACAACAUAACAGAUAGAAGUAGUAAAGAGAAGAAAACAGAGGUGAUGAACAAAAAUGUUCUGAAGAAACCAAAGUUUGUAGAGGGAGGGCCCAGAUUAAAAGGGAGAGAACAUGACGUUGUGGAUACUAGGGAUUUUAGAGAGUCAGACCAUCCAAAGGCGGGCGUCAAGAACCUUACUGCGGAGGGAAUUCUUGGCAAACGAAAGGAUCUUCAGACAAAUGGAUUCUUGUAUGAGAAUGGGUCUAAGCCAAACGAGAUACCUACGCCAGUUGGUUCUUCUAUUGCAUCCGUGGAAAACGGAAGAAACUCUGUAGCAUGCCAAACUCAUCCAAAGCUUGUUUCAGAGCUGCAAGAAAUAGUGACUAAUCCAGAGGUCAAGGAGCAGAAAAUCAACGGUUUCUUUUUUUCUCAAGAAGUCAAAUGCCAUUCACCGGUUUCUUCAGGGAAAGUGAAAGAAAGAGUUGAAGUAUCUGCAAGAAAACGGCCUCAUUCGGACUUAAAGUAUUUGGAUCAGUUGCUGAAUGUACCCAAAAGGGAGGAAUUGCCUGAGGUUGAUGAUGAUGAACAAGAGUGGUUAUUUGGUCAGUCAGGUGUGAGAUUAUUAAAAAAGCAAAGAGCAGAUUAUACUAAUUCAGUUGUUGAGAAUCCGGAAGUUUGGAACCAGGCUCUUAGAAUAGAAUCCGCUGAUAUAUUAGCUCUUCCGUAUGUGGUUCCAUUCUAGUUUAGACGACAUUCCAGAAAGAUCAUCACAUUGCAGGGACUCUUUGCUCGGUUAAGAAUCCCAAUGACGGUUGAUUCAUCAAUACCUGGUACAACUGGAAUGGAAGAUGUUGCUGUAUGAAUGGUUGGCUUCAUGAGAUGGGAGAGGCUUCCCUAGUAGAACAAUUCAAGUCAGUAAGGACUGUGUAGGUUUUAGAGUUAAAUCGUUUUGAGAGUGGGAUUGUUGGAAAUGAGAUUUUCGAUAAGAAGGAUCUCUGAUAGACGUUUGGUUCAGUUUUGAUUCUGCUGUGUCAUCAUCAGUAGAUUGCUUUAGCAUUAAGCUAUAUAAUAUUAUGAGGGAGGAUAUAGCGAAUAGGGGAGAGAUCUUAUCAUUUACCCACUAAUAACAUUACAUUUUGUCUCUGGGUGAAAAUUAUUCAUGGAAAUCCAUACAAAUCUUGAUGUUA